CCUUCCUCCAAUCACUCUCAAGUCACGAAAUUUGAAAUGGGAGAAUUACAACUCAUGUUUGCCUUCAUGUAUUUUGUAAAUUAAAAAAAUAAAAAAUAUUCAUUUUAAAUCCCAAAACCUAAUACCACCCCUCUUUCUACUGAAAUUGGUGAGGGAAGAAGAGGUAAAUGAGCGGCCAGUACUACGGCAACGGCCGUCGGUUCGAUAGCGCCGAGCAGGCGGCGAUGGCCUACGACCAGGCCGCAUUCGCCGUGCGGGGACCCAUGGCGGUGCUCAACUUCCUCGUGGACAGGGUGAGGGAGUCGCUGGAAGGGAAAAAAAACUGCGGCUGCGGAGGGAUGUUCGACGACCAAAAAGGUGACGCCGCCGGGUGCUCGCCGGUGCUGGCCCUGAAGGGCCGCCAUUCCGUUCGGAGGAAGUCUACGUGUAAGAAGAGCAAGGACCGGCAGCUGUCGCCGGGGAAGCAGUUGUUGGAAGGUGCUGCCCAUCAUUAUAAGAACAACGAUCAUCACAAAAUUAUUACGAAAUCGGCAGCAGGGCAGAGCAAUGUGGUGGUGUUAGAGGAUCUAGGAGCGGACUGUUUUGAGAAAUUGUUGAGGACUUGUACCGACAACCAUCACUAGAUUUCUGGAAUUCUUCACUUGUGCAUUUUGGGGAAACGUAACAAUUUAGGGGAAAAACAACAACAAUUACAUCUUCUUCCUUCACCAAUUUCAGUCGACACUCUACAGUGAGAAAGAGGGGUGAGAUUUAAAAUAAAUAUUUUUUAUUUUUAAUAAUAGUGAUUAAUGAGAUGGAUAUUUUUAAAAUUAUUUUUUUAUUAAAUUUUAAUUAUCACG